AUGUGUCAGGAGAGGGCAGUCAGAGUGGGGGUCAGUUCCAGGGUCGGCCUAGUGAGGUCUGGUCCCAAUGGCAGAACCAGCACCAUGGCCAACAGGGAGGAGAGCCACACUCUCACCCCAACCCCUCCCAGACAGAGGUGUUCCAGGCAGCGGUGUUCCAGGUAACAGAGACACACCCUAACCCCUCCCAGGCAGCGGUGUUCCAGGUAACAGAGACACACCCUAACCCCUUCCAGACAAAGGUGUUCCAGGUAACAGAGACACACCCUAACCCCUCCCAGACAGAGGUGUUCCAGGUAACAGAGACACACCCUAACCCCUCCCAGGCAGCGGUGUUCCAGGACAUGUUGCCGAUGGCAGGAGACCCAACACAAGGAACAGCCAACUACAACAUUGAAGACUUUGCUGAUCUGGGCAUGUUCCCUCCCUUCUCCGAGUAGAACCAUUUAACGUUCUAUCAAUGGAACACUGCUCUGUUCUUCCACUAGAACCCUCUGAUAGAGGAAAAGGAAUAGAACACAAUGUGCUGGUUCCUUCAUGGCUCCCCAACCUCACACACACACUUUAUCACACAGUGAAUGUCCAGAUGCACCCUCUCAUAAACACACACACACUCUGACACAUACCUGUUUCCUUUACGAGAAGAGAGUUGGUUCUAUAGAAGACUGGUACAUUGCUAGUGGUGUACUGACCUUUUCCUUUGUAAUAAUGUCUUCUUCAUUCACUUAAAUGAUGCCUGUUCUUUUAACAAAGGCUUGUGAAUUUAAAGGUGCAAUCUGUAACUUUCAUUUCCCCUAGUGGCAUCUUGAAGUACUACAAAAUAUGCCAAGAAGCAGUAAAAAAAUACAAAGCCUAGAAAAUUCACCUGUGCAGACCCCCCUUUCGUUUGCAAACAAUUGCAGAGGCAGGCAGCACUUUGGGGGGGAAACAAAAAUGACAGAUUGCACCUUUUAAGCUGCCAAUAUCCACUUUGCACUCCACUCUGCCAAACUGCUCCAGGCCAAGAGUCACUCACCACGCUGAUCAAUGUUGGUACCAUCGAUACAUAUUAUCAUACAGUAUGUCACUGCUGCUCCUCCCUCAGUAUUACAUUAAGCUUUAUGCUGUAAAUUAUACCUAUAUGUAGUGAUGUUCAUAACACCUAGAUAAAACCUACGAAAGUCUAGAAGGAUUCUGUGUAGAAAAAAUACAAAUAAAGAUUCCACUCACCGGCAAAAGUCGCUAAGCUACAAUGCUUAAGUGCACUUCAUCGAAGCUAACCGCUAAAACUCACCAGCUUGCUAAAAAGGGAAAAACCGCCAUACCGCCAAAGCAACGCAGUACAGUAUAUAUACUAGUUUAGUGUAUCCUUGUGGCUCUCGCUGCUCUACUUUAUAACUUUAUUAUAUUAUUCUCUUUUCUGAUUAUUAACAGAGACUGAAUUCUACUUUAUAGCGAGGGAACUUUUACAUGAUAGAUUGUGUACCGUGUCUCUGGUUAAUGACUGAUGGGACAGAAUGAUAGAUUGUGUACCGUGUCUCUGGUUAAUGACUGAUGGGACAGAUUCUACAACUGGAAUCCUUUUGCUAAAAAAAAAUCUAAAAAUGUAUGUUUUUGUAAAUAAUGUGAUUUUUAUGUUGACUCGUUACUUUUACACAGUAUACGUUGUUUUUUGUGUAGGUUUAUGUAGGUGUCAUCAAUGUGUGCAAUGUGAGUACAUAUUUAACUAUCGGUAUUUAGUUUAGUCUUAAUUGUACAUUGAGUUUAAGGAACCUGUAUAAAAGUGUGUAAAUGUUACCCAUUAUUUUUGUUUAACACAUUUUUGUGCUCGUGAAAAUAAAUGUUUAUUGGUUACGUGGCUUCUAAUCAAA